AUGGGACCCAAAAACGUGUCUGAGGUCUCUGAAUUCCUCCUUCUGCAAGUGACCGGGGACCCAGAGUUCCAGCCUUUUGUCUUCUUCCUCUUCCUGGCCAUCUACCUGGUCACGCUCCUAGGCAACUUCCUCAUCAUCGUGGUGGUCAUCGCUGACCGCCGCCUCCACCACCCCAUGUACUUCUUCCUCUCCAACCUGUCCCUGGCGGACAUCUGCAUCAGCACCACCACCCUCCCCAAGAUGCUGGUGGACCUCCAGGCAGAGACCCAGGCCAUCAGCUACGUGGGAUGCCUCACGCAGCUCUAUUUCAUCCUGGUGUUUGCCAGCCUGGAGAGCUUUCUCCUGUCCGGGAUGGCCUACGACCGUUACGUGGCCAUCUGCCACCCGCUGCGGUACCCAGUCAUCAUGAACGCCGGCUUCUGCCUCCUGCUCCUCCUUUGCUCCCUGCUCCUGAGUCUGGGGGAUGCCUUGCUCCACAGCCUCAUGGUGCUGCCACUGACCUUCUGUGCCACUCCCCAUGUCCCCCUUUUCUUCUGUGAGGUGGUCCAGGUCAUCCGGUUGGCCUGCUCGGACACGCUCCUCAACAAUGUCCUCAUCUAUGCGGCCAUGAGCCUCCUGGGGGGCAUUCCUGUCUGCGGCAUCCUUUUCUCUUACGCGCGGAUCGUCACCUCUGUCCUGAGGACCCCCUCGGCCGGCGGCAGGGCCAAAGCGUUUUCCACAUGCAGCUCCCACCUCUCGGUCGUGUGCUUGUUCUAUGGGACGGGCUUCGGGGUGUACAUUAGCUCGGCGCUGACCAGCUCUUCCCGGAGCACUGCUGUGGCUUCCGUGGUGUACACGGUGGUCCCCCAGAUGCUGAACCCCUUCAUCUACAGCCUGAGAAAUAAGGACGUGAUGGGGGCGCUGCGGCAGUUGAGUCGGAAGAUACUGUUGGUUUCUCGGGACUACGCUUAA